UCAGAACUGAAGCUGAAAAAUACUGGUUAUCCUGUUAUUACUACAGAAAAUAAUCUAACUUUACUUUUGCAGUCGAAGGAUACAGAGAAAUCCCAGCAGCAGAGCAGUGAUUUAACUAUUGCGGCUGGAAAGAUGAACCUAGAAGAGUAUUUCACAAGAACUGGCUACAAAGGAUCUCUUGAGAAACUCGAUUUGGCAACAUUAACCGGCAUCUUCCAGCACCACAUACGAGCGAUUCCAUUUGAAAACCUCAGCAUACAUUGUGGGGAAAGAAUUACUUUGGACCUGACUCAGGUCUAUACCAAAAUUGUCCAAAAAAAGCGUGGAGGGUGGUGCAUGGAGAACAACCAGCUUUUGGCCUGGGUUCUAAAGACCUUGGGAUACAACACUACUAUUUUGGGAGCCUAUGUUUACAACCCGCAGCUAAAUGUCUAUGCUACUCACAUGACCCAUCUUAUCAUGAAGGUGGUUGUGGAUGGCACAGCCUAUAUCGUAGAUGCUGGCUUUGGUGUCUCCUACCAAAUGUGGCAACCAAUGGAGCUGGUUUCUGGCAAAGACCAGCCUCAAACACCCGGAAUCUUUCGCUUCACGGAAGACAAUGGAAUUUGGUACUAUGAGAAAAUAAGAAGGAAGCAAUAUAUUCCCAAUCAAAGUUUCUCCAACUCAGACCUAUUGGAGAAGCGAGAUCGCAGGAACAUAUAUUUGUUUAGCCUUGAGCCUCGGACAGUCGAAGAUUUUCAAUUCCAAUGUUCGUAUCUCCAGACAUCUCCAGAAUCCUUAUUUACAAAGAAAUCAAUUUGUACCCUCCAAACAGCGGACGGAUUCCGAGCUUUGAUCGGCUUGACCCUGUCAGAGACCACAUACAACUACAAGGAGAACGUGGAUCUGGUGGAGUUUACAACGCUGAAAGACGAAGAGGUGGAAAAAACACUGAGAGAGAAAUUCGGUCUCAACCUGGAGAGCAAACUUGUUCCCAUCAACAUCAAAGGAAUCUAUACAAUCUGACAAGAAGAAGACAAUAUUUGCAAACAGCUAAACUGUUGCCACACGCUUUACCAUCCACUCAAUCCAAUGUUCAAUAAAUGGCAAUAAAAAAAUUAUAAACAAAAAUAAAUGCUGGCACGCUGAUCACAAUCUGCAGAAUAUGAUAGUUGCAUAUUGUGUUCUCAAUGGCAUUGACAACUUUAUAGAUGCAAGCUGACAAGCACACUGAAACAAGGUAAAGUUCUUUUUGAAUAAUUAAUUUUUGAAGAAUUUAAGCCCUUAUACAGAGGAGACUGCAUUUCACAUUCGAUUAUCUUUUACUGAAUAAAAAGCUGGGCAUAUUCUCUGAUGGGCACCCUGAAAAUGUUGUAUGGACAGCCUAUUCCAAAAGGUUUAUUUGACUUUGAAUAGUAAUGUGGACAAUGUCUGCCAGCUCCUCACAUACCCACAAGAGACUGUGUGAUCAGUGGGGAUGCCAACCUCCAGAUGGGACCUGGAGAUCUCCCAGAAUUACUAGUGAUCUCCAAAAUUUGUGAUAGGGUAUGAGCUUUUGUGAGUCACAUCUCACUGGUAUUGAAGAAGUGAGCCGUGACUCACGAAAGCUCAUACCCUGCCAUAAAUUUUAUUAGUCUUAUAGGUGCUGCUGGACUCUUGCUCUUUUCUACUGCUACAGACAGAUUAACACGGCUACCUAUCUUGAUCUACCGAUCUCCAGGCAAUGAAGAUCAGUUCCCCUGGAGAAAAUGGCUGCUUUGGAAGCGUUAUCCCCCGUUGAGCUCCCUCCCUCCUCCAGACUCUUCCCUCUCCAGGCUCCACCCUUGAAUCUCCAAGAAUUGGAGAUGGCAACUCUAGUGGCUGGGCUAUAAUUUAAAGGAAAAUACAUCAGCCUAAAUUAGCGGCCAAUAUACUUAAAACUACAUGGUCUAAGUUUCAGCUAGGCUAGGGCUUCCUUGUCCCUAAAGUCAAAUGCUGAUAUUUUUUACUAGACUCUGUACAGAUGUCAUGAAGGGGCUGAUUCAGUUAAAAUACUUAAUACAGUAUACUCAUCUCAGGUUUGUGAGCAGGGCCGGUUCCAGGGUUUCUGGCGCCUGAGGCCAGAUACCUGCCCUGCAUGAUGUGCACGCGCGAAAAGUGUGCGUGAGCACCCGGACUGCGUGAUGAUGUCACUGCGCAUGAAGUCAUCAUUCAGGGUGUGCUGCUGUGAGCCGGCCACUCCAUUGGCGCGUGGGUGGCCUCCCAGCCCUCCCGCUCAGUUGCUGCGCACCAUCCCGGCUGCCUGCCAUGCCUGGCUGGCCCGCAGCUGUGUGCUGGCGGUGGUGGCAGCAGCAUGGGACGACUGAGUGGGAGGACUGGGAGGCUGCCUGGUCAGUUGACCUGCGCUGCCACUGUCAGCAUGUGCUCCUGGACGGGCACAGGCAUGGCAGGGGUGGCGCACGUGCGUUCUCCCAACCCUCAUGCUCAGUUGCUCCACGCACCGCCCCAGCCGCCUGGCCCGCAGCUGCUGCGCCUGGCUGGGAGCACAUGCUGGUGGCAGUGGCAGUGCGGGACAGCUGAGUGGGAGGGCUGGGGGGCUGCAGCAGCUGAGCUGCGGGCCAGGCGCAACAGGCGGCACACGGGUGGCUUCCCAGACCUCCUGCUCAGUCGCCAGCGCUGCCGCCGCCAGCUCCGCAGCGCGCGCCCCCACCCCUGGUCAGCACUUGAGGCGGCUGCUGGCACCGCCUCCACGGAUGCGCCGGCCCUGUUUGUGAGAGCACAUGCUUUCACCAAACACAGUGUUUAAUGAAGUGAGUGAGGAAUGAGUAUCCUUCGUGAAGCCUUUAUCUGCAAAACAUGGAAGAUUACUGAUGUAAUUUUAAUUACACAAUCCAAUAUUUACAGAGGCUUUCAUUUGAAUCUCCAUUUACUUCACAAAUUCAUUGGUGACGCUAGUUCUAUUUUUCCAUCACCCAUUAUAAGAAAGCAACAUCACAUCACUCUGUAUUCCUCCCCCCCCCCCUUUCAUUCUGUAAUGAGCUGUUAUUUAAAAUCAUUGUUUAAGAUUUUCCAAAGCUAUCAGAAAAUGCUGUGCUUUAUAGAUGUGGCAUUUGUAUAUGUGGCUUACGACACACCAAGCUUUGAUUUGGGGGGCUGGGUUUCUAGUCCUUAUUGAGAUUCAGGUAUUUUUGGCUGCCAGUCGCUUGGAGCUCUGAUUGCUAAACUGUGGUCUUUCCAACAGCAACAAAUAAAGUCAGCAAAUUUAAAAAAUUAA